AAUGCUGUCGCCAGAUUUACAUCACCAAGAGGAGGUGAAUUCGGCCUUAGAUCGUCAGAUACGCAAGGACAUACAAGAUAUGGCUCAGGAGGCCCAAAUCCAAGCACAAAUUAUUUCGCACGAAGCAAGAGAACGAUAUCAGUCGACCUCUAGUGUUGAAGAUGAUGGACAUGGAAAUAUGGGCCACGACGGUGCCGUUACAGUUCUGGGAGUGGUGGAGGAAGACGACCAACAUGAAACGAUAGUGGAGGAAGACGUUUCGGAACAUGAUAUGUCCGAUAUACAUGAAACUAAAGAAUACAAAGACAUUCUUAUGGACUCACAAGACGGAAGUAUGCUUCGCAAAAGAAGAGGAAAUCUUCCGAAACAUUCCGUUAAGAUACUUAAACGAUGGCUAUACGAACACCGAUACAAUGCGUAUCCGAGCGAUGCUGAAAAAUUCACUCUAUCACAAGAAGCCAAUUUAACUGUGUUGCAGGUAUGUAAUUGGUUUAUAAAUGCACGGAGGCGCAUUUUGCCCGAAAUGAUUAGACGUGAAGGAAAUGACCCAUUGCACUUUACAAUUUCGCGCAGAGGUAAAAAACUUAACUCAUCCAUGAAUUCGACGGGAAGCCUUAACAUAUCAGGAAAUGCGCCAAAUCCUAUUACCGGCAGUCCGGCAUCAGAAGUGAUUGUUGGAGCUACUGAGGAGGUGGAAGGCGAGGAAGUUCAUGAUGGAGUAGCUAACGUGUUAACAGCAUUGGGCCAUUUUGUACAAACACCAGGAGGGCAAAUGGUGAAAGUAGAACCAGAUAUAGAAUACGACGAUAGUGUUAUUUAUAGGUCGGAGGACGACAGUGUAAACGAAUAUGAUACCUGCGAAGCUCAAAGUGGAGAAGAGGGAAAAUUCGAAAAUUCCGACGCUUGGCAAUCGGUAAUGAAUACUGAAGAAGUGACAACAAGCAGUCCAGCGGCAGCGAACAACACAUACUGGUCAUCAUCACACUCUAAUUUGUCGCAUGGCCGUCCUGCCGAAAGGACACCCACAGGUGGUGUGGUUUUGCAACAACAAUCAACAAGUGUCCUUCUACCGAGUGGAGAGGUUAUUGGUCCUGAAGUAUCUGGUGUUGGUGCUGAAGCUACGAUAAUGACGUCAAAUAAUGCCGCUAAUCAAAUCAACAACCUUACAUUAAACCAUAACGAUUUUAUUUCGAAUAAUGGAAUUAGCCACAUAUUUAAAGGUGUUUCUAAUAACAUAAUAGACAAAUUCAAAUGUUUGUACCUGCUGGUGGAGACUGCAGUUGCAAUGCGCCAACGAGAAAAUGAUCCAGAAGACGACAUACAUGUGCUGGGCGAUUGA